UGAUGUAAUGGAAGGUGAAGCAGGUACACAAGGCAGGAAAGCAGACCACAUGACCACAUCUUCGUCCCAGCUCUAAACUCUCCCACGUCAUCACCAUCCGAAUGGGCUGUUGCUGCGAUGAAGACGACGGUGACAUUCUCAGACAACUCAUGAACAACUCUUCUUCCACCUCACCACCUUCUUCUUCUUCUUCUUCUUUUUCUCCCUUCUCCACCGUCAUCUCACCUAUGAACUCCCACUUCCCUGCCCUCUCAUCCACCGACAUCCUCCGCACCAUCUUCCAGAAGCUUCCCGUCCCCGACCUCGCUCGCGCCGCCUGCGUCUCCCGUCUCUGGAGCUCCGUCGCCUCCGACAGAGACAUCCUCACCGCCGCAUUUCUCGCUCCAUGGAAUCUCAAGGCCGUCGUUGGGAAUCCAAUUUCUGGAAGCUUCUGGAGAGACAACACCCUCGCCAAGUUCGCCAUCUCCCAUCGAAUUGUCCGCGGUGACAGCGUCGCCAGCCUCGCCGUCAAGUACUCCGUUCAGGUUAUGGACAUAAAACGCCUGAACAACAUGAUGAGUGAUCAUGGGAUAUACUCAAGGGAACGGUUAUUAAUCCCACUUAGUAGCCCUGACAUUCUUAUUAACAGAACAUGCUUUAUUGAGCUGGAUGUCUAUGCUAAGAGAGAAGUAGCUGUGUUGUAUCCGAACGAUGUACCAGACACAAAGAGUGCCAAUAUAUCAGUCAGGAUAUCCUCGGAAUUGAGCAAGAAAAGGGUGGUUGAUUCCUUGAAGAGGAGCAUGCAAGUUGAUAAUGAAACUGCUCAGUACUACUGGUCUAUUUCGAAUGGCGAUCCCCGAGCUGCCUUUGCUGAAUUUUCUGCUGACCUUCAGUGGGAUAGGCAAGUCGAGCAUCGUGCCUAGUCUUGGAACAUAAUUCGAUGCUCAACUGUUAUUUGGAAUGGAUAGAGUAAAUAAUUAAGAGGUAGCAUGGGAAGCCAGAGACUACUCUGAUAGGUUUCCAUUUUCCUCCAAAUUCAGGUUGCAUGAGUUCAGUCAACUAUGAUAUGAGAGAAGUCAUUUAUUAUUGUUGUGUGAUGGAUGUCCGCCACUAAUGUGGUGUGCUGUAUUCAUAAUUUGUCCAACUUGUGUGUAAAUCAAAGCAAAUUAUUUAUAAUUAUAAAAGUACACACACACACACACACACACAUAUAUAUAUAUAUAUAUAUAUAUAUAUAUAUAUAUAUAUAUAUAUAUGAACCAUUUUCACCAUGCAUCCAGAAUGCAAAUGAGAUUUCUUGGCAUUUUAUGCAUAGUAUUGAUGGUGAAAGGUUUUGAUUUUGUUCAUAUUCACGAGAAUCCUCAUAUAUGCCAAUGUGGAUCAGAAUUUAUGCUAGGUACUGGUGUUUACAUUGGAUACGAUGAUGCAUUAUCAUGUCUAUUGUUGAUUUUUCUUUUGGUCGGUUUUGUAUUGUGGAUGAAAUGAUACUUGCAGAAGAAGAUAAUGAGUGGACUUUAAAAGUUUUCAGAAGCCUAAAUAAGAUUAUCCAGUGAUAAGGAUUUUUGUGAGGAAUCAACUUGUGAAACGAAUGUUUGAUAUUCUAUUCUUUUCUUAUCUUGCUCUUUCUGGA